GAGAAAGGUGGGCAGGAGGAGGAAAGGAUGCUCAGUUUGGAGCAUCACAUCGCGGCAUUUUAGCCAGCUCACACCUCGUCUAGCCAAAUGGGAUUUUGCAGUUUUAAGUUUGCUUCAUUCAUAAGAUGGGGAUGUCAUCAGAUGUCAUAUCUGACUAUGCAGAUCCAUGCACACUCUGAAAUAAAGAUGAAGCAAGCAAACUAAAGGUACAAAAGAUGUUCCCUUGACUCCAGUGACAAAGAAAGAGCUACAUUAUGUCGCUGGAAAGACAUCUCUUCUUCUUGCCUUCUAUUUUCCUGGCAUGGCUGCUGUGUCCUAAGUUAACAGCAGAGCUAUGAACAAUGGUUGAUUUUUCUCAUUAAUUCUGGAAAUUUCAGAAAAGAAAAAAGAAAAAUUCAGCACCAUGUUGAGCUGAGAAAAGAGAAGAUCUUCAUAAGUAACACACAUCCAAUUUCUAAAAAGAUGGAAAAUAUGUAAGAUCAGAUUUAAAAUUUUCACUCCAUGAUUGAACAUAAAAGCCCAGAGGUGGAAUCAAGCCUGUAAUGGUUCCCAUAGCAGUGGGAUGCUGUUGAGAGAGAUCUUUGGACUUGUAUAACAUAAGUGGGGAAGAAAACAUAGGAGUUCUUUACAACAGUAUGCACAAGGAAAUAAAGAACAACAACAAGCAAACCCUCUAUUCUGAUGGAGAUGCCAAUGCUAACCAAAUCCCCAUGGAGGAAAGCCACACUGAUAGAGGCAGUUUAAUACCUCCCCUGUUGUCACACAACAGCACUCAGGAAAGGAUUAUUAUUUGGGGCACACAUGCCCGCAGCAAGGACCCAGAGCUGGAAGAGUUUGAAUUAUUAGAAUGUCAGGAGAUGGAAGCUUUUCUAACAGUGCGUGAAGUGAGGGAUAAUGAUACAAGCAAAGAGGGUGCAAAGAAAGACUUUUGUCAGAGACAGUCUGCUCUCGCUUGUAAAGACCCUGUCUGUGACUUAGACAAGACAGAUCAAAAUGCGAACCACAGUGAGGAUAUAGAUGUAGAUCAAAGCUCUCAGCCUCUGGACCUCAGGACGUCUGCCUCUCGAUCUGGAGGAAGGAGGAGCCUGAAAGAGACGCGUAGUAACUCAGACAGCAAUGUCUUUGUCCCCAGUUUCUCAACAGUGAGCAACCUCAGUGGAAGCUUGGCCAGUGCUCUUGACAGUGCAGGGCAUAAACAGUGUCCACCUUUACCCAGCAAGCCUACCUCAGAUAAAUGCCGUUUCCAGCAGGCAGUCACAAAUAAAUCCCUGAUACUUUCAACACAAAGCAAAGAACAACCCAGUAAGAGGGGUCAGAAUCAUAGCUCUAUGAUAAUGCCCCAGGAUCCAACACAUGAGCAUAGAUCUAACACUGAAAACGGUGACUGUCUAACAGACAAACCAUGCUGGAGUACAGAUAAAGGCUACAACAAACAGGAGAAUGUCCUGUCUUCCAAAUUCCAGAGAAACAUUGAAAGAGUGCCACCUUCUUGUAGGCAGCUUGUACGUCCACUCUCUCCAGGAAUGGAACCAAAGCUAACCUCAGGACAUCCUGCAUAUAAAGACACCAAUCAAGGAGAUCAGCCUUCUCCCUCCUCAGGCAGAGGUCGUAAAAGCAGCAGCCAUCAGCCAGACCUAAAGGAUCCAGUGCAGAUUACUAGUAAUGCCCAGUCUCAAAGUUCAGGCUUAGGGAUUCAAUCUAGCCAGACUUCUGCCAAGGUGGGCAACACCCUUCAAAGGCAGGGUUCAGCUGAAAAUGCUCCAGGUGCCCUGGAGAGGAAGAGUUAUUUGAGCCGCAGGGCCUAUAGCAGCCCUACCAGGCCUGCAACGCCCCCAUCUCCUAAGAGUACAGGAUCUCCUCAGAGACGUCCUCCAAUGUCUCCUGGGAGAUCCCGAGUGGCUACUCGAGGCCCACAGCUGGGUUAUGGUGCUUCUCAAGGGUACGGCUUUGGCCUGAGACCUCCAGUCAAAACCACUAUCAAUGUAAAUGUCCAAAACUCUGUACCACAACAAAGCUCUACUGUAUCAUAUUCUCCACCCAAGUGCCCACCGAAGCCCAAAAGUGUUCGACCUAAAAUCAUCACCUAUGUACGCAAGAACCCACAGAUGAAGCCCCAGGCCAAUGAUAGCCCAUAUGAAGUCUCAUCACUACCCACCAAACUCUCAACUUCCACCAGUCCUUCAAACCCUAAAACACCAGCAGACGAGCCUCCAGGAGCUCCAGUGCUGAGUGCCUCUAACCUGCUAUAUGACAAAUAUAGACAGGAGCUGCAGAAGUCUCGAUAUAUAUCUCCUGAAGCACUGGUCUCUGGGACAAAUCUUUCCAGCUACACCAUGCCCCACAAAGCCACUGGGAGGACAAACAACUUCUAUGGCUCUCUAGGCAACAAAUACUUGCCUACGGUUGCCUCUGGAAGCAAGGAUCAAACAGAAUCCCAGACAGUAACUCAAGAAACAGGGGGAUAUUUACAACCUCCACGAACCUUGAGACCCCAGCUUGGUGUGGGUGCUGUCAAUAAGUCUCCAUCUGCUGCUGCUGCUAAGAGCAGGGUCUUCACACCACAGAAGUCACCUCUAGCUCUCAGUCAACCUGUGCAGGCAGUGACCCCUUCAGUGACUGCACAAGCCACUUCAUCAGUGACCCCAUCUACUCAAAGCCCACCAGAGGCUUCAGACCAGUGGAAAGCACCCUCAGCAGGAUUGGCUGUUAAAUCUCUUUUGCCUAAGCCAGCUCCAUCAGGCCUGCGCCCUCCUGGCUACUCCCGGCUCCCUGCAGCACGCCUUGCUGCCUUUGGCUUUGUCCGCAGCUCCAGUGUCUCCUCUGUCUCCAGUAAUAAUUCUGCUGACAGCACACAGAGUGAGCCAUGCAGACCAGCACAUCGUCCUGGCAGUAUCACUGAAGACCCUCCUUUUCACAGGGUGAUAUCAGCUUCAUGUGGAGAGGGGCCAAGAGUGCCAUUCCGCAGCAGCCCCCAGCCUCCCAGCACUCCUGUACCCACUCGCCGCCCACUCUUGCCUCCUCCACCAGGCUCCCCAGUUGGCUCUCGCAAAGACUUUCAGAAGACAUCUGAGGGCUCUCAUUCAGUGCUCUCAUCUCCAAAGCGUCUGGCUGUCGUUUCACCAAAACCUCAGUCACCAGUCCUGCAGAGACCUCGGGCAGCAGCACGAGUCCCUGGACUUCCGGGGAACACGGGCUUGCCAGUUACAAGGCGCAGCAUUUCUCCAGGCUCAGAAAAGAAAAAAGAAGAGGCAAAGAGGAAGGAAAAAGAGAUUGAGGAGCAGAAGACGCGAGCGGAGGAGGUGUUGCAGCUGCAGACUCAAUGCAAGGAGCAGAAUGGUCUCUUGCUGGCUCUCCGGGCUGAGCUGAAGAGGACAGUUCUAGGUCUGGAUAUCUUAGCCAUCUGCACCCAGCACUUUUGCCUGAAGAGUGAAAAUGCUGAGCAGAAAGAGAAGGAGUUGUUUCGGGAGCUCAGCCAGAUUCAGGAAGAAGUGGCCUGCACUGCUGCUCAAUGGAAGCUGCUGCAGCAGGAGAAGACUGCACUGGAGCAGAGUUUUGUACUGCAGCUGAAAGAACUCCAGGAGCAGCAGGAGGCUGAGCUUGCCACUCUGGAGGAAGAGCUCAGAACACAGCAUGCCUCUGACACAGACCACCUGACAGCUGAGCACCAGUCAAAUGUGGAGGAACUGCGAACCCAGCAACAGGAGCAGAUUGAAGAGUUAACAGCUCAGCAUGAGUCUGACUUGGAAGACCUGAGAACCAUGCACAAUCUGACCAUGGCAAGACUGCAGGAGGAGCACGCCAGGACCAUGAGAGACUUGAGAAAGAUCCAUGAAAAAAAGACAGCUACUCUAGAGAAUGAUUUUGAAAAGCAUAAACUCUCCCUUCAGGAUCAGGUUGACAUGCUGACAUUUCAAAACCGAGCCUUACAAGACAAAGCCAAACGCUUUGAAGAAGCACUGAGGAAGAGUGCAGACGAGCAGAUAUUGGAUGCACUCGCCCCAUACCAGCACAUUGAGCAAGACCUUAGGAGCCUAAAAGAGGUUCUGGAGAUGAAGAACCAGCAGAUACAUGACCAGGAGAGGAAGAUCUGCCACCUGGAGAAAGUGCAGGCCCAAAAGAACAUAUAUCUGGAGGAGAAGGUACAGGUUCUACAACAGCAGAACGAGGACUUGAAGGCCCGCAUCGACCGCAAUGUUGCUAUGUCCAGGCAACUUUCAGAGGAGAAUGCAAAUCUACACGAGCAUGUAGAGAGGGAGUCCAAUGAGAAGAAACGCUUGAGCCGAAACAACGAAGAGCUGCUGUGGCUUUUGCAGACAAGUCCACAUCUCUCUCCUUCCUCCUCCCCCAGCCACAAGGUCUUCUUCCCAGGGUUUGACAAUCCCCCCUUCCCUGGCUCUCCCAGCCCUGGAACUCCCACACACUCAUACUCCCCCGGACCCAGUACUCCUGCACAUAAAGUAAGUUCUCCCAGCCCUGGUACUCCGACUCACAGGGCCUUGCCAGCAACCAGGAGCUCUCCAGCACGAGUCCCUAAUGCCAACACGCUACCCAGAUAAGCUCGUUAAAGAUAAUGAACUAGUCAGUUUCUAUGUAUUUCCUAUUUCAUCAUGUUUUCAGUCUGUUCAAAGUGAUAUAAUUGUGUGAUGUUUGAGAUUAUUGUUGCCCAUUGAUUUUAGUGACAAAUAAAAAACACAAAGUGAGGAGUUUGUAAACGUCCACAUCUAUCCCAGAUAAUAUCUGGACAGAGAUUCUGACAGUCAGAUCGUGUCUUUACUUCUGGGUGCCAGACCUAAAAUCUUUUUGAUAUCUCAACCACAUCUGUUAACUCAUCUCUAGGAGCAGUGAUUGUUCUAAAGAACUCUAUAGUGCAUUUAAAUCCUACAGCCUGUUAAUUCUAAGCCAGGUCACAAAGGGGCCAAACACAACAUUAUACUACAGCAGAAGCCUUUUGUAUCCACCCCACACACUCAGCCUUCUUAGUGAUCAGCACACCAGCAGGUUAUCACAUUCAAAACAAGAGCAUGCUGUACUUUUUGAUCUCAGUCGAUAUGUAAUAGUAAACUCUACUGUUACUGUGCUUUUAUCCUUAAACUUUACAUGUAAACAGUUUUGCUAGGGGCAUGGUUCAGGUCUCUGGCAGGCCAAAGCUAGAUGCACUGGUGGAAGAAAAGAUGAAGUCACAGGUGUCAAUCUCAAGGGCCUGUGGGAUAAAUAUGCCUUGCUGCCUUAUUUUGUUAGGCCUGUGAGAACUUAAAAAACAGAAACUUACAUUGAAUCAGCCCAUAGAGCACAGCUGGAAACAAUAUGACCUAGACUUUACACCAAACAUGUUACAUAACAUUCAGUCCACACCACACACUCCUCUUCACACAACUGACAUGACAGCAUACUUAAUGUUUACCAAAGUAAACAAGUGCCUGAAUAUCUGUAAAACAUGAGGAAUAGUGACAACAAAUCUCAGGCCAUCUAUAAAAAAAUGUGCAUAUUUGAGUUUAUUCCCAUUUUUUGUAUGUUCGGUAUUUGCUCUGUAACUAAAUUUGUUUAGGAAAUUUGUAAGUUAUACUUUUAAAACCAGUGGAACUUUUAAGUUUUAAUAGAGCUAGUACUGAAAAACAAACAGAACAGGGUGUUUGGCUAAACAUUCUGCUGUUGCAUGUAAAGCACUUCUAAAAAUAUUCAGACACAUCUGCUGCUAAGUGGCCUUCAGACCACCAAAAUUGCUGAUGUGGACUGCAUAGCUGCAGUAGGUAGCUCAUACUUUUUAACAGUAAUUAGGCAUUGGCCAGCUUUGCACAUACACCACCCACUGAUCCCUCAAAUUGUUUAUAAGCAGCUAUCAGAAUGAUUAUUAGCACCAUACUAAUUAUCUGUCAUAAUGCUUUUUGCAUAGAAAUUAAACAUAUUUGGUGUAACACUCCCAAAUAUCACUAUUCACACUAGGUGUAUCCAGGUCUUCAUAUUGGUCUGCCAAAGGUCUAUGACACCAUGCUCAAACCAAGCUUUAGCUUAACAUCAGAGGUUUAAAACCAGUGUAACUCUCUGCAGAGAGUUUGCAUGAUCAUUGGAGGUCAACAGGUUUCGCAGUAAAUGCCAAUUUAGUGGAAGCACACACUACCAAAUAAUUUUUAAUCACAACAACUGCUCCGGUCUUCCAGUCUUGUCUGUAAUGUCUGCCGCUCAGGGUCAUGUCCCUCAAGUUGCCAUGUACACGUCUGCUUUAUCUUACAGGCCCAAUAUAUUUUCUGUCUCUUAUUAUACAGUACAUACACACAGUGGACAGACAGUGCAUAAAAAUACAACAAGAAUUUUACAUGAAAAUAUUGCUAUUUGUCAUUUUUAAUAAUAAUAUUUGUAUGGUGUUGUAAUGAAACUUUGCUAUGUGCAUGUGUUGUGAAAGCCUUCCAGGCUCUUUUUUGUGAAACUUGGGAUUGUAGUAAAUAUACAGUAGAUACUAGGACUCUGGUCCAGAAGCUUCCAUAUACAUAAGACUAGGAAUGAAGUACACCUCAGUAGUUAUUUAAAAUCUCUUUUUAUAUGUGUACUGCUGUUUUACCAAUGAGAUGGUAAGUUUGUUUUUCUUCUAAGACAGAACACUGUUAAUUGAGAUUUUUUCAUCUAAUGUUGAUUAAUUAACACUGUUUUAUCUGUACUUAUAAUAACCCAUAUUAUUAACUGUGUAGAGUAGCAUUACUUGUAGAAAUUAUACUCUCUAUAAGGGAAUGUAGCCUAAAAAUGUCUUAAAAUGCCAUUGUACUUUAACUUUCAGGGAUUUUUUUUAGAUUGUGAAGUUUUUUCUGAUAAUGAAAUAGCUUGUUUUAUUAAAUUUAGAAAUACACCCAGAAUGUUUUUAGUACUAAAUGACUGACAAUUGACUGGCCAAUGCCCUAAUUUAUUUAUAGCAAUAAAAUUCCAACUGAAGAAAUCAGAAUUAAUUAAUGAAUAAUUUAUGCAGACUGAGCAAAUAAUGUACCCAGGCUGAACAAAAUGCUGCACAAGAGGAAUUGUGAAGCAAAUAUUGUAUUUCAGAACAGAGUAUUAGGAGAGAAAAUAAAAUAAAUCUAAAUGUUUUUGAUAACUUACACCACACAAUUUUUAAAAUUGGAAUUUUUUAGAUAUAGUGUUAGAUCAUGUAUUUACCUGUUUCAAAGGUAGUCCAAUUUCCGAUAUGAAUUUUGAUACUGCUCAUGAAGAAAAUUGUCAGAUGUUUACUGGUAUUUUUUACUAUAAUAUCAAUGUCUGAUGGUGCUUUUCAUAGGUUAAUUCAAGAACAGCUAACAAGCUGUUUUUGUUUUUUUGCUCUCUUGAAUACAGUUCUUAUGAUUUCUGGACAUGGUUUGGUAAUAAGCACACUCUUGUUGGAAUGAGAAUGUUUUUGGUUAGAGACUAUUUUUUUAACCUUAUAUGGAAAUAUUUUUGAUUGUGUUUAUUUUGUUUUUUAAAUCAUUGUACAACUGCAUGUUGUAUUGUGGCUUGAAUUGCUAAUUUUUACAAUUGUUUUGUUCUGACAAUGUUCUGUCAAUAAUGUAAUCAAUAUUUGUUGUUGAAAUUCUUCAGAAAACUCCUCUGUUUUUGCUAACAUAAACCGGUUAUCACAAAUGGUCAUAAAACGUGCAAAAUAGGACCUAUAUAAAAUAUCAUUACAGAUAUUUUAUAGAAGACAUUACAAAAGACAUUCAUCAGUUUUAUAAACAUUUGUUUUAAACUUCGAUAUAAUGUGCUUUUUCUUAUUCAAUAGCUAUUAUACCCAAAUACUGAUUAUUACAAAUAAAUAUUUGUACACUAAAAAUCAUUCAAGAAUUUAACCUAAUACACAUUGGAUUAAUGUGCCUUGAUUUCCAGUACCACAGCAAAAACAGAGGAGGUUUUUAACAGUGAUAUUGCAUCUGUUCUUUGAAUUUUUCAUAAAGCUCAGUUCUGGACUAAGUUCAUUUUAAUUCCAUUUAAAUUUGUUUUCAUUUUCACACAGACGAUCAUUUACAGAUUGUGUUCUGCUACUUAUAUCUAAGUCCGCCCAUAGCCUAAAAAACCUCUAAAUUCUCAAAUCAAAAUGUUUUUAGAGAUCAGAUACAUAUUUCAAUAUAUAACUGAAAAAAAAGAGUUGUUCAAAAUAUCAGUAUUGAAAAAAGAAACAUUUCUACCUUCAAACCAACCAAGCUGUGAAGUAAAAUAAAAAAAAUUUGACAUUUCCCAAAGAAUUUCUCUCAGAACAUCCUGAUUUGCACUUUAGUAACAUCCUACUGUUUCUGGCAUUUGAGCUUCACCAUGAUGGAACUUUAUAAUAGUAAUGUUACAUACAGUGAUAUUGUGUACAGGUAUAAAUGUUAUACUUAUAUGACCUCUGUAUUGGUCAAUAGACCAACACGGAUUGCUGAAUAUUUUAAAUAAUUUAACCCCUUAAAGUACAGUAGACAUUGGUGUAUACAAACUUAUAUUCCACACCUUUCAUAUUAGUUUUACUAAUUACUGAACAAUAUUAUAUAAGGCAUAUAACCGAUUAAUGAGUUCAGGGGGUUAAUUACCUCAGUUUUAAAUGACUAAUCACAGCUGUGUUCUACUUUAUGGAGGUAAAACUGGAUCAGGGACUGAUUUGAAACAGAAACAGAAUUGAAUCUCAAAUCUCACUAAGAACAAAACGUGUUUGUAGAAAAUCUCACCCUCAUUGUUUUCUUCUAUUCUGCUUCCUUCUCCUGUUGACUCAAAAUUGCAACCGCAUUUACGUUAUAUUUAUUGUGUCAAAGAAAUCAGCAGUGCAUGUUUGUCUGUGCAGAUCAUAUCUUUUCUGUAUAUGUACUUUUUUAAUCUUUCUUUUGUGAUGGUUGACACUGUAUCUGUAACUGUAGCUUAGUUACUAUUAACCUUAAGGAAUGGAAAGUAUUUAUAUCUCAAGACAUUUGUAUGCACUUUGGGAGGGAUAAAUAUUAAAUAAUACA